CUCGGUCCACACAAGGGUCCGGAGGAGCGAUGGUCACCCGGGAUCGAGCCGAGAAUAGGGACGGCCCCAAGAUGCUGAAGCCGCUUGUGGAGAAGCGGCGCCGGGACCGCAUCAACCGCAGCCUGGAAGAACUGAGGCUGCUGCUGCUGGAGCGGACCCGAGACCAGAACCUCCGGAACCCGAAGCUGGAGAAAGCAGAGAUACUGGAGUUCGCCGUGGGCUACUUGAGGGAGCGAAGCCGGGUGGAGCCCCCGGGUGUUCCCCGGUCCCCAGCCCAGGACGCCGAGGCGCUCGCCAGCUGCUACUUGUCCGGCUUCCGCGAGUGCCUGCUUCGCCUGGCGGCCUUCGCGCACGACGCCAGCCCGGCCGCCCGAGCCCAGCUCUUCUCCGCGCUGCAAGGUUACCUGCGCCCCAAGCCGCCCCGGCCGGAACCGGUAGAUCCGAGGCCCCAAGCGCCGCGCCCACCGCUGGACCCCGCCGCCCCAGCGCCUGGCCCCGCGCUACACCAGCGCCCCCCAGUGCACAAGGGCCUCCCUAGCCCGCGCUGCGCAUGGUCCCCGUCCCCCUGCUCCCCCCGAGCCGGGGAUUCCGGCGCGCCGGCCCCCCUCACCGGACUGCUGCCGCCGCCGCCGCCGCCUCACAGACAAGACGGGGCGCCCAAGGCCCCGCCGCCCCCGCCGCCCGCUUUCUGGAGACCUUGGCCCUGA